AUGCUAUGCUUAGCUUCAACUAAACUCCACAAUAUUCACAACCCCCUCUCUAAACCCUAGGCUAGCUUAGCUUUCUCUCUGAAACUCCAUAGAUUUGAAGCUGCUCGGGAUUCUAUACAAAUGGUACCUCACCUUUCUUAUUUCAACUGCAGAAUUUGAUUUUACUACAAGUUUGUUUUUGGGUAUUUUUUUUUUCACCAAUUAAAUCCAUGGCUUCAGCUUGUAUAAACAACGUCGGUGUGUCGCCGGAGAAUUUUCUCGAUUGUUCUCCGACCAAGUACAAGUCAUACGGUUGGUUGAGUCCUAGAAUCUCAACAGCUGUGGAUAACCCAGAAGUAAUAUUAGAUCCGGAAGUUCCCGUCAAUGAAAUGGUGGAUUUCGAGUUUCGACUUGAAGAUCCGGUUAAUAUGUUACCGGCGGAUGAGCUUUUUUCUGAUGGAAAAUUGAUGCCUCUGCAACUCCCGACGGUUCGUCCGGCGGCUGUAUCUACGUCUGCCGGUGUAAGGUCGCCGGAGACGCCGAAACUUCGUAUGAGAAAUAAUGAGAUUUCUCGUAAGGACCCGUAUCUGUUCUCUCCGAAAGCUCCAAGGUGUUCUAGUCGAUGGAGGGAGAUUCUAGGGUUGAAGAAAUUGCAAAAUGACAAGCACGAAGCUCCAAAAAAUUGCUCCAAUGCUCAUAAAUCUCUGAAGAAUUUCCUCAGUCGCAGCUCGAAAUCGUCCACUGAUGAUUCGUCUCUUCACCUUCCGUUGCUCAGUAAGGACUCUGAUAACGAGUCCAUAUCAAUUUCUAGUUCCCGGUUAUCUCUUUCAUCGUCUUCUUCUUCCGGCCAUGAACACGAUGAUCUUCCUAGACUUUCUCUUGAUUUUGAUAAACCAUGUACUCAAACCAGCCACAACAAUCAAAACAGUAACCCUAAUCCCCCUAGAAUUCGAUUAGUGAAACAUAGAGCUUUAUCAUCGGAAAAUCCAAUCCCCACUCGUUUAGCUGGAAGCCCAAUAAACAGACAACCAACUGAUUGUACAACUACCAGUACUCUACGGGGACUCUCUGUUGAUGAUAGUCCUCGCAUGAAUUCUUCAGGGAAGAUAGUUUUCCACAACUUAGGAAGAAGCUCAAGUAGUCCAAGCAGCUUCAAUGGUGGACCCAGAUACAAACAUGGAGGUGGGGUGGAAAGGUCCUAUUCAGCUAACGUUCGUGUUACUACAGUUCUGAAUGUUCCCGUUUGCAGCUCUCUUCGAGGUUCUUCAAAAUCUGGGGUUUUUGGGUUUCCCCUGUUUUCAUCUGGUGCUUUGAACAAGAAACACCAUAGUAGCAGCAACACUGCAACAGGCCAAACAGAACGUAAUCGAUCGAAUCAAAGAAUGAAGUAAAUGGUAAUCAAAUCCGCAAUUAUUUUUCUGGUUUCUAUAAAUCUUAGAAGAUUAUGUAAAUAUGCAUGGAAUUAAUUAACUAAUCUUGUUUACAUGUUCUUGCUUCUUUGUUUAG